UUUUAUUUUAUAUUAUAUUAUACCGGCUUUAGUUUUUGCAUUAACCGUCUAUUUUUAUGCUACCAAGCGAGUACGUGUUACAUAGUCGUUUUGUGUGUCGAGUGAUAGUACUGUUGAUAGUAUCUAGAAUCAAAACCACAUAAAUUUUGAUGUGUGUGUGUAUAUAUAUAUACAUAUAUAGAUUUUGCUAUAUGUACGGAAGUGAAUCCUUUAUGUUUGAUGCUGUAGCGUUGCAAAUUAAACAAUUGAAAUUAAUCAGAAUUGCGAUUUUAAUGUUUUGAAUAUAUUUGUAGUUACGAUUUGUGAGUUUAUAAAUUAUUUCCAAUUAUAAAUAUACAUAUUUUUUUAAUUACUGAUUUGUCGAAUUUAAAUAUUAGCAGGAGUUUCUGUUGAUAUGUUAUCUUAUCAUUUUGUAUAAUUAUUUAUCAUUUAUGUCUACUGACUAAAUUUUAUCGCUGAAAAACGUAUGUCCCAUGGCCACAUAUUUCCAAGCAUCGAAUAUACCAUCGUAAAUGUCUCUUAUACGAGUGUAUAAAAAUUUAAAUAUUACAGAAUAUUAACGUUGCGUACGCUUUUGUAAUGAUACUCGCGUAAUGAUAUAUACCGAGCGUUGCGUAUAGCGUAACAAAAUUGUGCUUUCAACUGCUUCUCUUAAGGUACUUAACCGCUUCUGUAUAUAAAAGAUUCGCUUUACAGCUUAUUACUAUUCGCUUAAUCACGCUGGUGGUAAAUUCAGGCGUAACUCGUUUUAAUCAUGCGCCGAGUCUUUCGAGAAAAUUUGCAUCACGUAAAGACGAUUCGUUCCGAGGAUCUCUUCGGGUUUUCCGGCAUACAACGGCACAAAUUUGUAAAUUUUGUAAAAAAAAAAAGAAUGUCGUAUGUGGCCUCUGUAUGGUGCAGGGUCUGUUAUAAGAGGUGGAGCGCCCCCAUUUUCUCACGCGGUAGCAGUGUUACCUCCGCUUCCUGCCAAUCAGAAUCAUAACCACAAUCAUCAUCACCACCAUCACCACCACCAACAUUAUCACGAUCAUCAUCAUCAUCAUCAUCACCAACCCCCAACUCCUCAAGGUGAGUCCGCGACUGUCUGCCUAUUUCGUCUGUCGACGACACCUGCACUGAAUCAUUGCGUUAAUUGAUCUUGCUGUUGAGCUCUUGUUACGCAGCGGAAUCUGUCUUACUUUUGAGGAUGUAAAGAGUAUGGCUUUGCAUGCGAAUCAACAUGUCGGAAUAUUGCUGCGAAUGGUAGAAAGUAAUCUUACUGGUCUUCAGUGUUUUUACACAGCUUGAGCUUUAUUCGAGCUUGACGAGGAUUGUUUUUCUCAAGAAAAAAAAAAAAAA